UGUAAAUAUCGGUAUCAGAUUGUUUAAGUUUUAAAAUGCUUCGUGAAAGCAUUAAUUAGUUUUUUUCAUGCGAUGAUUAAAUUGGUAUUGAAGAUUUAAGUUUAACCAUGAAAUGCUACAUUUUCAUUGCAUCAGAAAAAAAUUAAACAUGGAAAUUAAACAAUAGCAUUUUUUUUUUUUGAUCAACAACAAUAGCAAAUUUAGUAGAAUAUUUUUCUUAGUAUAUGAAAUAUAUAUAUAAUUUGUUUUCCAAAAUUCUGUAUACUAAUUUUCGAUUAAAUAAUCAGCAAACUGUUUAGCCUUUUUUUUAAACAGAUCUCCAGGAAGUAAUUUACUUAGGGCCAUGGGAUACGUAACAAAACUUAAUAAUAGAAAAGAGACUUAUAUAAAACUAACCUAUACUUCGUAUAUUCCCCCUCUUUGACUCCUAAUUCACCAAUGGAGAGUUCCCCGAUAUAAACGGUUCUAAAUUUUGAAUAAACUAUAUAUAGAACACACAACUAUCCAUAAAGUCUAAGCAUGUACCAUCGUCUCCAAUCUUUCUUCUUCUUCUUCUUUUAGACGUCUUCGUAAUCAGAGAACCCUAAUCUUUUCUUCUUGAUUUCUUCAAAUGCAUCACAAGGCUUCAAGCAGAGACACCAACAGCCAAAACUUUCCAAAACUCAAGAGUGUAGAAACUGAUCCAGAUCCCGACAUUUAUGACAUAACAUACGUCGAUGUCUCUCCCUCUGUCGGCUCCACUUCUCCCUUAUCCAAAUCCCCAUGGAUCGCACACGUCGAUCCCACCGACCUGGAACCGCCCCAUUCCGGGAUAAAGUCCACAGCCAACACAAGAGAACCUAAAAACUACUCACCUAACAUCCUCAUGGGCUCUCUCUUCCGCGAAGAAGGCCAUAUAUAUUCUCUAGCCACAUCUGGCGACCUACUCUACACGGGAUCUGACUCCAAGAACAUUAGGGUUUGGAAAAACCAAACCGAGUUCUCGAGUUUCAAAUCAAACAGCGGUUUGGUCAAAGCCAUUGUCCUAGCCGGAGACAAGAUCUUCACCGGACAUCAAGACGGGAAGAUCCGUGUGUGGAAAGUCUCGUCCAAAGACUCCAACAUCUUUCGACGUAUAGGUACCAUGCCCGUUUUUCGAGACUACCUCAGAAACUCCAUCACGCCUUCUUCGUACUUCAGCUUCAUGAGAAAGAACCCGACCAGCACCAGCGCUCAGGGGUUCCGCCACGUGGACGCGAUCUCGUGCCUCACGUUGAGCGAAGACAAGAAGCUUUUGUACUCCGGGUCGUGGGACCAGACGUUUAAAGUGUGGAGGAUCUCGGACCUUAGAUGCUUGGAGUCGGUGAAGGCCCACGACGACGCCGUAAACGCCGUCGUUUCCGGUUUCGACGGUUUGGUUUUCUCCGGUUCGGCGGACGGUACGGUUAAGGUGUGGAGGAGAGAGGACCAAGCUAAGGAGACGAAACAUUUCUUCUCCGAGACGCUGCUGAAACAAGACUGCGCCGUUACGGCGAUCGCGGUUGAUCAGAGCGCGACGUUAGUUUACUGCGGUUCGUCUGACGGAACCGUUAACUUCUGGGAGCGGGAUAAUAACAUGAAAAACGGCGGCGUUUUGAAGGGGCAUAAGCUCGCGGUGCUCUGCCUCGUGGCUGCGGGGAGCUUGUUGUUCAGUGGCUCGGCUGAUCUCGGGAUUCGCGUUUGGAGGAGACCGGAACGUGGUGACGGCAGAGGCGGAGACGUUGGAGGAGGAGGAGGAGAGCACGUGUGUAUUGCGGUGUUGAAGGGACAUGCAGGUCCGGUGAAGUGUAUGGCAGUGGAGAGAGAUCAAGAAUCGGCUUCGGGUGAGAAACGGUGGAUCGUGUACAGUGGGAGUUUAGAUAGGUCGGUGAAGAUGUGGCGUGUGUCGGAGAGUUCGCCGCCUAUUGAAGACCAGUCAUCGGAUCCGUUUGAUGGUCCGACUGAAUUAACGAUGGCUCCUAGCUUCUCGGGUAAAGGGAGAGAAUGAAACCAACCCCAAACAAUAGUUUUGUUUCGUUUUGUAUGUGUAACGAUUGACAUUUUUUUUUUUAAUUUGGUAAAAUAUGUUCGUUAAUUAUUUCUUUUUUUUUAACAUGGUAAAAUGUUUUCGUUAAUUAUUUUUUUCUUUCUUGUUAACAUCAUCUCAUCUACUUGAUCGAGUGUUAGGCAUAUAUCAUAAAGUUAAGGGGAUAAUACAAGUUCUUGUAAGGAUUUCAUUUCUAUUACCUUUCCUAGGUCUCGGCAUUAAUUUAGGUUCAGUUUAGGUCUUUCGAGUUUUCAGAUUUCUAGAUUCAUUCUCAUAGACAAUAUUCACAUUAUAUGAAUUGGUUUGGUUAAUAAAGAUUUUGGUUCAUAUGUAGAUUAUAACUCAUUGCAAAAUUAAGUUUGUGAAUUUUUUUCCUCAAUUUAAUUUGCCUUUAAGAGCAUGUUUAUAU